UUGUCAAUCGACAAUUUAGUUUUGUUGAUGAAUUAUAAACAACGUGAUGAAGAUCUCGCGUUUUAAAAAAUCUCACAAAACGCUUGCAUUUUUUGCAACGCACUUUGAUUACCGUGAACCGUACCAAGUACUUAUCGACGCCACCUUUUGUCAGGCUGCUCUACAGCACAAAAUUGGAAUAGAGGAACAAAUCAAAAAAUAUUUUCAAUGUAAUGUGAAACUUCUAACCACACAAUGCAUCAUACUCGAAGCGGAAGCACUAGGAACUCCAUUGUCAGGCGCCUUAACGAUUGUCAAGCAGUUCCACGUGCAUAAAUGUGGGCACGAAGGCAAACCUGUUGCAGCUGCGCAGUGUCUGAAAUCGAUGACAAAGGACAAUCGCUAUAUAGUCGCAACGCAAGAUCGUCUGCUGCAGGCAAGUCUGCGUAAGGUGCCUGGACGUUGCCUUCUCUAUCUGCACAAAGCGACGCCAGUGCUAGAGGCGCCCUCAGACGCCUCUAAGAAAUGGGUACAAAAGAAAGCCAAGAAUUUGAUGCUUGGCCAACAUGAACAGAAGAUCGAGUACAUGAAAGAAAAACAAGGCUUAAAACCAGCUGAAACUGUUCAGACGAAAAAAGUUAAAGGGCCAAAGAAUCCUAAUCCGCUUUCAUGUAAAAAGAGCAAAAGAGCGAAUAAGCCCAGCUUACAGCAUGUAGAGCAGACAACUCAGCUGAAGGCCAAAAGAAAACGGAUCAAGAUUCCAGAACAUGUAAAGGCAGCGCUUGGAGCAAAAUAAACUUUAUCUUAUUUACAUUUGAUUCUUUGUAGUAUAAGUAAAGUUAUCUUAUCAAAAUAUGAUCUGUGUGAGGUCUUAUAGUUUGC